AUGGUGUCACGGUUGAACCAAAGUCUCUCCUUCCACUCAUCACCCGAGUCGUUCAUCUCCUCGCGACUGGAGCACCUUUCCUAUUUAAAUUCUGAAGUACUGCCCGCUUCCCCAGGAGUGGGGGUACGCAAACUGCGCCCGAUAAUCAGAGCCUCGAUCUUGAACAGGAAUGUUCAUAUUGUCUCUUCGUACAGGCUAUGCGAGGCAAUUCUGAAAUUUGGAUCCGCCUCGGGUGGUUCUGACUUUAGCCAAAUUGAUCAAGAGCCGAGUCACCAAGAAGAAGUUGCUGCCAUUUUGGUUGCAGCAGUCAGUGGUCCCAGUAACGGAGACGAGCCCGUCUUUACUGCUCGUCUAGCAUAUGCCCAAUUCAUGUCCGCCUUUUUUCCAGGUCCAAACGUACUACUCGAGGAUGGACCACAGCACGCUGCACAUAGAGAGAGGUGGAAGCAACAAUUAAAGCAUAUCCCUGAAAUUUCUCAAUCCAUGAUCCGGUCCCUGACUGUAAAACGACUCAUCGAGCCACUGCAAGGUGCUAAAUCUACGAACGAGGGAAAGAGCAUCGACUUGUACAGCGCUAUGAAGUCGCUAGCAUGGGACUUGUUGUUUGGGAUCUUUCUUGGGCUGGAUAGAAACGAAAACGGGGCAGUGUUUUCAGAAUUGGAGAGGUCACAGGUCGAUCUUCUUCAGGGACAGUUUUCCUUGUUUCCUGUAUCCAUCAAGACGCCGUUCUGGUCGUCACCCAGGAGCAAGGGAUUGGAUGCAGUGAAGAAUGUUAACGGCAUUCUGAGAAAGCGCUUACGCCAAGUGGGUCAUGCUGGAGACACAGGGGCGAGAAGGUCAACAUGCCCGUUCAUGCAGCGGUUCCGAGAACGAGAACAAGAGGAAACCCCUUUGACCGAUGAGGACGUAGUGUCUCACACACUAUUGUUCACCAGUAGCCUCGUGAACAAGGCAUUGGCAUCACUAUUGACGGCCUAUCUCCUAAACCUGUUUAUGUGGAGGGAUGGUGUUGACAGAACAAGUGGUGGCGGCCUUGCUGAUCUGAUACGCAGUCAGGAAGACAGGCCUAUGGCUCAGCGCAUGCUGGAAAGCAUCUUAAGCGAGACAGAACGUUUAAGCCCCCCUAUCGUCGGGGUUAUGCGUCGAGUGACGCAGGAUAUUGUUCUGCGCGGAGCCACAGAUCAGAAGGCUCAAGACGAGACCUCAGACUGCCUUGUCCGCCAAGGCGAAGAUGUUUGGUUAUACCUUGCCGGUGCAGGGCGGGAUAACGACGUUUUCGAGGGUGCAGAUCAGUUUGUUUGGGAUCGGUUUAUGUCGUGCGAGGAUUCACACGAAGCUGGUCAUACUUUCGGCAGAGGUACCAAAACUUGUAUGGGGUAUGCGUUGGUCAGGCAAAUCUGCUUGACUGUCGCAAGUUCCAUCCUUGAUUCCACCAUUUCGUUCCGAGGGGUUGUUUCUGAGCAAGGUGUUAGGCACUGGCUGGGCUGGGAGAAGGAUGUGCCACAUGAGGUAGUUGCGAGGGACGUGAAGCAACUGCCGUCUCAAAGACCCAGAAGGCCUGUCAAUGUGGAGGUCAUCCUCGGAAAAUCGCCAUCAGAGACACAGAGUCCCUAA